AUGCCCCCCACAGUCGCGCGGUACGAACCGAGAGGGCUGUCCAAGCCCGCGAUUUAUACUUUUCUCGGCCUGGCAUCGCUCCCACGUUUCCGAGGUCGCAGCGUUGAUGGGCCUCGGGCGGCAAACCCGCUACGCCUACUCCCGCGGGAGAUGGUGCUACAUGUCGCGCGCUUUGCGUACCGCGCCGGGUAUCACGCCCACUGGGUUCAGUUCGGCAGUGACGAGGAAAUCGCGGUCGCGCUCGACGUCACGGAUACCUCGCACGUUACAAGACUAUCUUGUAUGGUCUCGAGCAAAACCUACUACGUCGAAGUACGCUUCUCCUACGCCUGGUGGGGCAUGGGCUUGGAUAUUCUUGCCCUGGCCGGGCUGGCCCAGCAGCCUGAGGGGCAGAGAAAAUUUCGAUUCAUGCUCGAGCACAAUGAUGGAGUUGGCGGCCACGACAAUGGCCAUAUCGCUGUCCUCGAGCGGAACGUUGAUGAUGAUAUGCUAGAAAUGCCGUCGCUAGGCGUUGACUCCUGGUCGUACUGUCAGGAUCCCGUCACGAUGUCUGUUCUCGUUGACAUGGUCCGAGGGUGCGUGACAUUUGGUCUCAAUGGUCUCGCCGGUCCCUGCGUUCGCUUUCCGGCGGACGACACGUGGCGGAGCGGUGUCCAGCUCGUUGCCCGAAACUUUCCCCUGCUUGCGCCAAUGGACGGAGGUCGAUCUCAGGGUCGAUGCAUUGUCUCGUGCGCAACUCCGCCGACCCCGCCUUCGAUGCUGGCGGCGGCGAGCCAUCCUAGGACUGUGGCGGAACAUCUCGCCGCUGGUUCUUUGCGCACG